AUGAGAGUCCGGGACCCCCGGAGCCCUCCUGCUGGCCUCAACAAUGACUUCAUGUGCAUCAGAAAAACCUUCCUUUUCUGCUGGAGAACUGUCACGCCAAAGCUGCCCAGUUCCUUCAACUCUUCCUCAUGUACCUUCCAGCUCUCACCCUUCUUCCUGGAGCCACAGACGUUAGUGCAUGUCAAGUUCAACUCCUUCAUUUUACAGGUGAAGAAACGGAGGUCCAAAGAAGUUAAGGGAUUUGCUCAAGGCCACAUAAAACCCCAGGAGGACUGGUUCCUGCAGCCCAACAUGGCGGCUCCUCCCCAAAGCCUGUCCGGGAAGAUGCUGGAGGAAGAAGGAUGGCCGCUACACAAAUGCACUUCUGCUUUUGCAGAACUGCAGUCUGCAACAGCCGGAAAGUUUGCUCAACUGCACCGCGCACGCAACGUUCGGGAGCCCCCGGCGCACGCCUCCUCGGAGGGGAGACCGAGGCAGCGCAGCCCCCCCAGUCGCGGCUCCGCUGCCGGCUCGCCGGGCGCCCCGGAAGGGAAGGAGACAGUUACCUCGAAGAGUUGGACUCCCUUCCGCGAGAACUUCAGUGCCGCGCACCUGGCGAGGCAGCCGGGGGCUCCUGGGGCCGCGAGGCCCGGGUCUCGCUGCGCAGCGGAGGGAGACGCUCUGCGCGCGCGCCGCGCACCCCUCCGCCUGCCGGCGUCCUGUCCGCGGGUCCCUUCAGGCGGUGGCCGCCGCGGCGGCGGCGACUGGGUUGCGGAGUCCCGGCUGGCCGAGGGAAGGGCCACUGCAAGGUGCCCGGAGCCCCUGGCACCCGCGUCAGAUGCCGGCCGGCGAGCGCGCGGAGAGAGAGACCUUGAGCGGCGUGGCGCGCGUCCUCAGCUCUGCGAGCCCCCUCUGGAGCGGCGGGGAGUACACUGGGAGCCUCAGUCCCUGAACACGGACCUAGAUUUUCUGGACCUGAGGGCCCUUGGCAGAGAGAGCCCGCAUCUUGAGCAUGUCUGGACACGAGGGGUGAGAGAACAGACACAAGAGGUGCCCUCUGUCUCCACCACAAGAAGAUGGCUGUCUGCAAACCAGGAGGAGCCUUCACCAGAUGUCAGGCCUGGUGGCACCUUGAGCUUGGACUUCCGGGCCUCGAGAACUGUGAAAAUCAAAGUCUAUGAUAUUCCGUUAUAGGGGCCCAGACCAUUAACACACCAGCAGUACACCAGGAGGCGCAAUUUAUUGACGUGAAUAAACUGAAUAAGGGGCAGGCCCGAGAGGGCGGGACAAAAGGCCCCCGGUUCCUGGAGGACCCAGAAACAAUCGGCCACAGCAGGUGUUUCCAGGCCUGGUGCCCAUCCCCCACCCUGGCCAGCAGCCAGGCCCGGGCUCAGAGUGGGGAUGCAUCUUGGUUCAAGGCCGUGUUUCUCUGAGCGUCCGUCUGUUCCCAUCACUUCACAUCGUUGUCUCUGACCCUUGCACCGGGCGGUUAUCACUAUCCCCAGUCUGCAGGUCAGGAACAGAAGCUCAGAGGGGCUACUGCUCAGGAGUGCCCAGCCCGGAAGCAAUUGGUUGGUGGGGGGGGGGGGGGGAGUGACUGGCCUUCAGCCUGCUGCCAGCCGGGUCCUGCCCUUCCUGUGGCUGCACUGCGGUCCAGGCUCCUGGGGUUUCCUCAUCGCAGAGGAGCGCCAGCCUCGAUCUCUUGCUUCCAGCCUUUUCCUGUCCCUUAGAGGAAAGAUGCUAGCUCACAGAGAAAGAAUUUUUAUUUUAUAGCUGCCUCUCCUUUCUUUAGACUCCAGCCAGUCCUGGGUGCAGUGAGAUCUGAACGGCCAGGUCCUACCGGCUCCCCACGGCUCGAGCUCCUCCUUCAGACUGAGGGUCUUGGGUGGGGGGUCUGCUGGGAUGGCUGAGCCCCGAACGCUGGAGGACAGAACAGGAAAAUGAAGACGUGACGACACCCGCUAGCUCAGUGUCCUAAAUCGGAGGUCCCGAACAGUAUUCCCGGGGCCUCCCCACCCCCUCCCCCCGCCCCCCACCC